GUUCAUUCGAGAGCCUGCCUUCCGUCAAAUGUAUUCACGUGGUGCGCUCGCUGAAGAGGCGCUGCGCGCGACGUGGGUUGGGCGUACCUGGCCAUUGUUAAUGAAUGUCUAGUGAGAGAGGGUGGCCGCAGCAUUCGGGCGCGCAAUCCCGCAGCACCAGCGAGCAAAUCUCUUCAGCCCCGAGCGCGCUGUCAGUGGCGGUGGGACCAACAUUGACGUUUGCUUGAUUAAGGACACGCUCAGGCGUGGGGAUUGGACGGCGUGCGCGAUGAGGGUGUCUCUCGUGGACGCGGCGCACGUGCGGACCCGCUAGCGGACAAGGCGCGGACAUGCGGGUGUUGGGCUGGAGCGUGCUGUGGGCUCUGGCUGCGGCCCUGCGAGCCCAGAACGACACGGAGCCCGUCGUGCUGGAGGGCAAGUGUCUGGUGGUGUGCGACUCCAACCCGGCCGCCGACUGGCGGGCGUCCAACUCGCCGCUCGGCAUCUCGGUGCGCGCCGCCAACUCCAAGGUGGCUUUCUCGGCGGUGAGGAGCAACAACCACGAACCCUCCGAGAUGAGCAACAAAACCAGGAUCAUCUACUUCGACCAGGUUCUCGUAAAUAUUGGAAACUUCUUCACAUUUGAGUCCGUCUUUUUGUCCCCAAGAAAAGGAGUCUACAGUUUUAACUUCCAUGUCAUUAAAGUGUACCAGAGUCAGACCAUACAGGUGAACCUCAUGUUAAAUGGGAGGCCUGUCAUUUCAGCCUUCGCGGGGGACAAGGAUGUAACCCGCGAGGCUGCCACAAACGGAGUUCUGCUCUAUCUGGAAAAGGAGGACAAAGUCUACCUGAAAUUGGAGAAGGGCAACCUGGUCGGGGGAUGGCAGUACUCGACAUUUUCUGGCUUUCUCGUCUUUCCGCUGUGAAAAUUAAGAAAACAACAACAGUUUGUAAAUUGACUGACUCUUCUUUCGUGAUGUGUCAUUGCUGUAUAAAACAAAACAUGAUUGCCAAUGCAGCAUCCCAAAACAGGUUUUUGAUGUUGCUUUGUUUAACGUGAUCUCAUCAAUCAGCUGCUCCCAGAGAGAAGAAGCACUUUGUUGUCAUGACAGCUGUUGCAUUCAGGUGUAUCUGCCUUUUUGCUGACUUUUGAUUUGUUCCCAUAACCCAUUUGAUAUGGUAUUUGCUUUCAAUGUAACAAAUCUUGCAAACAUAUCAUCGCUGC